AUGCAGAUCCAGGAGAUCUCCUUUAAGAACUACUACACAGCAUACGUGUCUGUGCGUCUACUGAGGAGAGAUGGGGAGGGGGCUGCUAAAUGGGCCACAUGUCUGAGGAACCACUGUCUGAUGCCCAGCCCACAUACUGAAGAGGGUUCACAAGACUACUGCUCUGUCUACCGACAACAGAUGCUGAUUGAACCAGACAAUGUGACUUCAGUGAGACUGAUCCUACGACAGCCGUCAUCAGCCUGGCUGAAUUUCAGCGUGGAGGACAUCAAAAUACACCCCUGUUUAAACGAGGAUUCAGAGUGGGACAUUCCUGAUUGGUUGUCAGACCUCACACAGGUGGACCAACUGUGUGAUUUACAGGGUCUUCCAGAUCCUCAGACGGUAUCUUGCAGUAUUCAGCAGAUGUGGGCGUUAACAGAGGUCAUGCAGACCAAUCAGACCACUGCUUCCAUAGGCCGCUUCGAUGUUGAUGGCUGCUACGAUAUCAACUUGUUGUCCUUCACUUAACAAGGAAUUGACUGGAGGUUAAUUUUACAUGGUGUUGGUAAAAUGUGAAGAUCACCAUUGUUAUCUCUCCCAAAGUGUAUUUGAUUAAUUGCCUGACGAUGUUAUAUUUAAGUUUUCUGAAAAGUAUGUAUAUUUAUUUGUGAAACACUGUCAACUUUUUAAAUGUUUUUACAUUUACAUUUACAUUUAAGUCAUUUAGCAGACGCUCUUAUCCAGAGCGACUUAUUUUUGUGUGU